CCUCCUCUGGUCCUUUCUGUCACCACGUUCCAUCUAUUUUAUCCAGGAGUUUAAAGAUUACUCUUGGGAAAACAACAAAAAAAAUUCGAAAGAAGGUGUGCUCUUUCUAGACCACCACUCCAUUGCCAGAACCAUGCCUGCCCAAGACGACAAGACAUUUUACAGCUACCUCGACUCUAUUGCUCAGACAACAAAAGGGGAAGACGCAGUUUCGCAAAAUAAGAGAAUAAAAGAGGCUGAAUUUGCAGAGGACUCCCGGGAACCAAACGAACAAGAAAUUCUUCAAAUAAAGCAAGCCCUCCAGCGAGAGCGUGAUAUGGAGCAUCAUAACCAUCAACCCUCGAAACCUACUUCUUCGUAGGCGAAAUUUGCAAAGGCUGCAUUGAACUCUUGGAUUGGAAAAUUUUAUUGCGUUUUGAGCAUACGUAUUUCAUUAAAUCCAUUUCCCCUAAUAAUCAUAAUAAUAAAAAAAAAGAACAUCC